UUGUUUUGAUGUCAUGUCCAACACGUAAACACACAAGUUUACUUAUAAUAUUUGAAUUAAUCAAAACAUAUUGUGUAAAUUUCAUUUAAGAAUAUAGAUAAACUGUAUUUGUGCGAAAAUGCUCUCGUCCUUAAUAAAAGAACAUCAAACUAAACAAGCAGCUAAACGAGUAGUACAAGAACAAAAACGCAAGGAAUGCAUUGCAGCUGCUAAUGAUUUGACUCAAGCACUAGUUGAUCACUUAAACGUGGGAGUAGCUCAAGCCUAUUUGAACCAAAAGAAACUAGACGCUGAAGCAAAAUUGUUACAUCAAGGAGCUAUUAACUUUGCGAAACAAACACAACAAUGGUUGGCUUUGGUUGAGAAUUUUAGCAGUGCCUUAAAAGAAAUAGGAGAUGUGGAAAAUUGGGCUAGAAGUAUUGAAAGUGAUAUGAAAAUAAUCACAGAUACAUUGGAGAGAGCUUAUGAAACAACCCAAGAGAAACCCAGCUCUAGUCAAUAACUUAGACUAUACUAGUAUAAUUUAAACAUAGGUGUUAAAUUUCAGUACAUGUAUUUAUUAAGUUAUAUUAAUUAAAUUAAAGGUUAGGAAUAUUUCAUUCUAUAUCUGAAAUGUACAGAAACAAUCUUUUUACAGUUUAUUAAUUUGACUAGCACAUUUCAGGUCAUUUUAUAAGAAUGUUUUAUAAUAAAUAUUAUUUAUAGUUGUAAGUCAGGUUAAAUAAAAUAUAGUUGAUCACU